AUCAACCCUCCUUCGUCGUAUUCUCUGUCCCUCUCAAAAAUAGAAAGACAAAUUCACCGAGAUAGCCACGUACAGAAAUUAUUUUCCGGCGUUUUCAAUGUUGGCAGCGAGUUCGUUGACCUUCUCUUCUAGACGCUUCUCGGCUUCAGCCUUGACUUUCUCGAGGUCGGCCUCGAAGUUGGUUUCCUUCCAGUCCUUUUCCCAUUCCGCGUUCAGUGCAGUGUUGGCGGCAAUGGGUCUGUUUAAAUCAUAUACAUGAAUUUUAUGUGGAAAGAGUUGAAUUGGUUAGAAGGUACGAGGAGGAAAACAACGUGCGGAGAAGCACGAGUAUGGUAGGAGGACGGGGGGAUUGGAAGACGUUGGUCGUUUUUGUCUCCGAUUAAAUGUUUCUGUUGAGGCACAGAAGAGUCAACAACAUCUGAAAUGAACUCUCCAAAGUUGCGAGGAUCAAUUCUACGUCCCCUCAGACMUCCCAAAGUAACUGUGUCGUCAUUCUGGAUGUCCCUGAACAAAAAAUGUUCUCAACACACGUCGUGGAGAACUAAUCCGAAAGAAACAGUAAGACGCACCUGCUGACGGGAGCGAAAGCAGAGGCAGAGGCCACAAGGGCGGCGACGAUAAGAGUUUGCUUCAUCAUUUUGUAUAUUGGUUCUAGGUGUGUAAAUAAAGGAGAUACAAUUGGGUUGUGUGCUUGGCGCUGGGAAUGUCUGAUUGAUGUUGCUAUUCGGUAAUUGAAGGUACGUACUGAUUUUCGUGUGGUAUUCCUCGCAGAUACAGUAGCCUCUUCAACUACGUUUCUGCAUUCGAGUUCUCAUUAUUUUCUUGGCGCUCGUCUUCCCGUUGUCCCACGUUCAACGUACUUCGUGGGUCUAAAAGAAACACAAACCCAACACAAGUGCGUCGUGCCAAUUGCAUGCGUGAUUAUCCCUGCUGCAUACGUCACUAUCUGAUUUGACUAGAUCGACCGUAAAUAUUAUUGAGUCGCGGAUGGAUGACAAAACGGUAGACGGUACGGGACGUACGUACUGUACCGGACAAGACCUUACGACGCCUACCAUACUGUACUUUACUGUAUGCAGGGUCAUAAUUUUAGAGGGGUGCGCAGGUCGACGCAUCAAAACUCAUAUUCCAUCCUCCGUACCAAUACUACACGUUGCGAAUCAAUUAAAAUUUCAUUC